AUGAAUUCAUUUAUUAUCAUUAUUCUACUGUCAAUACUAUUUUUCAAUGUAUCAUCACAUUUAUUGCAUAAAAGAAAUAAUGCACACGAUAAAGCCAUCGCUCCAGCUUUAGCUAUGGAAGUACUUAUUGGACAGUCUGAACCACAAAUUUCUCAAUUGAAUGCUCUUCCAACUUUAGUAAAUUUCAAUGGAUAUCGGAAAAAACGGAAUAAUGCUUACGGAGACGAAGCUGUUCCUCCGGCAACAAAUGUGGCAAUAUCUAUGGAGGUACCUGUGGAACAAGCUCCAGCACAAAUUGAUCAAUCAUAUGGUGCUGCAGUUUCAGCUCUAGUAGAGGCUAGCGGAUAUCGGAAAAAACGAAAUAAUGCUUACGGAGACGAAGCUGUUCUUCCGGCAACAAAUGUGGCAAUAUCUAUGGAGGUACCUGUGGAACAAGCUCCAGCACAAAUUGAUCAAUCAUAUGGUGCUGCAGUUUCAGCUCUAGUAGAGGCUAGCGGAUAUCGGAAAAAACGAAAUAAUGCUUACGGAGACGAAGCUAUUCCUCCGGCAACAAACGUGGCAAUAUCUAUGGAGGUACCUGUGGAACAAGCUCCAGCACAAAUCGAUCAAUCACAUGGUACUGCAGUUUCACCUCUAGUAGAAGCUAGCGGAUAUCGGAAAAAGCGAAAUAAUGCUUACGGAGACGAAGCUGUUCCUCCAGCAACAAAUGUGGCAAUAUCUAUGGAGGUACCUGUGGAACAAGCUCCAGCACAAAUCGAUCAAUCACAUGGUACUGUAGUUUCACCUCUAGUAGAAGCUAGCGGAUAUCGGAAAAAGCGAAAUAAUGCUUACGGAGANGCAACAAAUGUGGCAAUAUCUAUGGAGGUACCUGUGGAACAAGCUCCAGCACAAAUCGAUCAAUCACAUGGUACUGUAGUUUCACCUCUAGUAGAAGCUAGCGGAUAUCGGAAAAAGCGAAAUAAUGCUUACGGAGACGAAGCUGUUCCUCCAGCAACAAAUGUGGCAAUAUCUAUGGAGGUACCUGUGGAACAAGCUCCAGCACAAAUCGAUCAAUCACAUGGUACUGUAGUUUCACCUCUAGUAGAAGCUAGCGGAUAUCGGAAAAAGCGAAAUAAUGCUUACGGAGACGAAGCUGUUCCUCCGGCAACAAAUGUGGCAAUAUCUAUGGAGGUACCUGUGGAACAAGCUCCAGCACAAAUCGAUCAAUCACAUGGUACUGUAGUUUCACCUCUAGUAGAAGCUAGCGGAUAUCAGAAAAAGCGAAAUAAUGCUUACGGAGACGAAGCUGUUCCUCCGGCAACAAAUGUGGCAAUAUCUAUGGAGGUACCUGUAGAACAAGCUCCAGCACAAAUUGAUCAGUCAUAUGGUGCCAUAACUGCAGUGGUAUCCAGCGGUUAUUAA